AUGCUCUGCCAGAUCGUUGGUCAGGCCAAGAAGCAUCCUAGCUUGAUCCCCUUCUUCAUAUUUAUUGGAGCAGGAGGUACUGCAGCAUCACUGUAUGUCUUGCACCUGGCCUUGUUCAAUCCUGAUGUCAGUUGGGACAGGAAGAAUAAUCCAGAAACCUGGAACAGACUGGGUUCUGAUGGUCAGUACAAGUCCCACUCUGUGAAUGCGGAUUAUAGCAAACUGAAGAAGACUUCUAAAUGA